UUCUUUUCUUUUUUCUCACUUCUUUCUCUUCUUUCCCUGUUCUCUCUCUGUUUCGUGGGAAGAAAACUGGUUGGAGAUUGAAGAAAAAAAAACCUUUUCAAAAACAAAAAAAGAGAGCAGAGCACCAUCAGAAUUCAAAGAAUAAAUUUCUUCAGCAUCGUCAAGGGCGAGGGUGCACAAUCUUCUCUGUUCAGCAAAUGCAGAAGCUUGCAAGCACUCAAAUCAAGUUUCAAAAUCAAGGCAACAAAUUAAUGUAGAAGCAACCGGUAGCAUACUGCCACUAUACACGGGUCCUUGUUUUGACUGAGAAAUGGUGGAAAUCAAGACCAUCGGAGUGGUGGGCAGCGGCCAAAUGGGCUCCGGCAUCGCCCAACUUGCUGCCAUUCACGGCCUCCAUGUGUGGCUCCUCGACACCAACCCAACUGCUCUCUCCACAGCCUCCUCCUCCAUCUCUAACUCCAUUCACCGUCUCGUCUCCCGAGGCCACCUCUCUCAGGCUGUGGCCACAAAAGCUUUGGGACUUCUGCUAUAUACCUCAAAUUUGGAGGACCUUCGUUCAGCAGAUGUUGUUAUUGAAGCUAUUGUGGAAUCUGAAGAAGUGAAGAAGAAGUUAUUUGGCGAACUGGAUAACAUAACGGGGCGUUCUGCAAUUUUGGCUUCGAAUACGAGUUCCAUAUCCAUUACUCGCCUGGCAUCAGCAACUACAAGGCCAAGCCAGGUGAUUGGCAUGCAUUUUAUGAAUCCUCCUCCUAUUAUGAAGCUAGUUGAGAUCGUACGAGGUGCCGAUACAUCAGACGAGACAUUUAAAGUAACAAAAGCAUUGGCAGAGAGGUUUGGCAAGAUAGUGAUAUGCUCUCAGGACUACUCAGGCUUUGUCGUGAACAGGAUUUUGAUGCCAAUGAUAAAUGAAGCAUUUUUCACGCUAUAUGCAGGUGUAGCAACAAAGGAGGACAUCGAUACAGGCAUGAAGCUGGGAACAAAUCAUCCAAUGGGUCCGUUGGAGCUUGCAGAUUUCAUUGGAUUGGAUGUCUGCUUGUCAAUCAUGAGAGUUCUUCAUGCCGGUUUGGGAGAUAGUAAAUACGCCCCUUGUCCUCUUCUUGUCCAGUAUGUUGACGCGGGUCGCCUCGGAAGAAAACGAGGUAUUGGUGUAUAUGACUAUAGUAAAGGUAAACCUACUGAACCACUGAAAAAAUCAUCUAGGCUUUGAGACUUUCUCCUUCAAUUGUGUUACAUACAUACUUGAACCAUUGCACCUCCAAACACUUCCUCGUUAAGGGAAGGAGCGCUUAUACUUAAAUUAGGCUUGCUCACAUUAUCAAUCUACUAUCUUUGAAUAAUCGACAAUUGAAUCGAUCUGUCGGUCAAGAAUUACGAUCCUUGAACAUUUUCCCAGCAGAGUUGUAUGCUGCAUUUUAGUGUUUAAAUUCCUCCAAUUGUGUUUUCCUGUGAUCUGUAUAUAACACUAGGUGUACUGCAGUUGCUAGAUGCCACAUAAUCUUCAUACCA